AUGGCCUGGGCUCUCGGAAUGCUGUUCUUGCUUCCCCUGCUGAGCCAUGCGGACGCCAGCGAGGAGGCCCGGCUUUUACAGGACCUGUUCGCCGACUAUGAUAAACAGUCCCGUCCAGCGAAGUCCACCAAUGAUAUCAUUGAAGUGAAGCUUAAACUCACAUUGACCAACCUCAUCUCCCUGAACGAAAGAGCGGAGACGUUAACAACAAACGUGUGGAUACUAAUCCAAUGGGACGAUUACCGCCUCACCUGGAAUCAGUCCGACUACGGUGGGAUAGAUAUUGUACGAGUUCCCCAUCACAUGGUCUGGCUGCCAGAUAUAGUCCUGGAGAACAACAUUGACGGCCAGUUUGAGGUGGCAUACUACGCCAAUGUCCUUGUGUACAGCACUGGGUACAUGUACUGGCUCCCGCCAGCCAUCUUCCGGAGCACCUGCAGCGUCGAUGUCACCUACUUUCCAUUUGACUGGCAGAACUGCUCUCUGGUGUUCAGGUCCAAGACGUACAACGCGAGGGAGAUCGAGCUGCAAUUAGCUACCGACGAGGACACCGAGAAGGAGAUAGAGUGGGUGGACAUUGAUCCGGAGGCAUUUACAGAGAACGGCGAGUGGGCAAUAAGGCACCGUCCGGCCAGGAAGGUCGUGAACCGGGCAUAUUCUCUGGAGGAUCUGGAGUACCAGGAAAUCCUCUUCUAUCUGAUUAUUCAGCGCAAACCUCUGUUCUAUGUCAUCAACGUCAUCGUGCCUUGUGUUCUGAUCUCAUCGCUGGCCAUUCUGGUGUACUUCCUUCCAGCCAAAGCCGGCGGGCAGAAGUGUACCCUCUCCAUCUCCGUCCUGCUGGCUCAGACUGUCUUCCUGUUUCUCAUCGCUCAGAGCGUCCCCGAGACCUCGCUAAGUGUCCCUCUCAUCGGCAAGUACCUGAUCUUUGUUAUGCUGGUGUCAACGCUCAUCGUCCUCAGCUGCGUCAUCGUCCUCAACGUUUCCCUGCGCACUCCGAGCACCCACAAACUGACUGCCAGCGUCAAACGAAUGCUUCUGGUGGUGUUACCAAGGUACCUGCACUUGGAGGUAGAGCCCUGCGAUGAUGCCGAGGAGACCCCACAAGAGAGGAGGAGGAGCUCACUGGGCAUCAUGCUGAAGGCAGAGGAGUAUGUACUAAAGAAGCCUAGGAGUGAGCUGAUGUUUGAGAGGCAGAGAGACAGUCAUGGGACUGGCAGGGGCCCCUGGAGCCACAGAGAAGACUGGCUUGAUGUGGAUGUGACAACAACUUUAUAUCGGAAUUUGGCCCAGUGUUCCCCAGAAAUAAAAAAGUGUGUGGACGCCUGUAACUUCAUCACAGCCAGUACAAAGUAGCACAACACAACCGGCGCAGAAAUGGAAAACUGGGUGAUGAUCGGGAAGGUGCUGGACGUCCUUUGUUUUUGGGUGGUUCUUCCUUUAUUCGUGGUGAGGACUCUGGCAAUCUUCCUUAUGGGACACUUUAACAGUGCCCCAGAUCGCCCAUUUGCUGGUGACGACCGUCUCUAUGAACCUUGAGAGGAGCUGCCAUGGGACUGUGCGAGUGAGUUAGAAAGUUGGGUCUUGGUUAUACAGUGCGGAAGAGUGCGGAAGAGCGUAUAUCCACUGAGCAUCAGCCCCCGCGUCUGUUACCGUGUAAUGAGGUCACAUCACGUAUGACCACAAUUUCACCGACUUUCCUGGUCGACACAACGGAUCUUCUAUACAACCUUGAUCUUAAG